AUGUCAUGGUUCUACGGGAAUCCUAAAGAUGUACCAUACACAACAAAGGACAUCGCAAACCAGCGAGCUAAAUUCCGGAUGGAGUACCGCCAUGCUGAUGUGGGGAGCACAAUCUCAUACUUCCAAGAUAUGAAGGCACAAGAUCCAGAUUUCUAUUGGAGAAUAAAGCUUGAUGAUGAGGACAGAGUGGAAAAUUUGUUCUGGAUAGAUGGUGCGUCGCGCAGGGCAUAUGCUAGAUACAAUGAUGUCAUCUCAUUCGACACAACAUACAUAACCAACAUGUACAAGAUGCCCUGUGCGCCCUUCAUUGGCAUUAAUAACCAUGGGCAAUCAAUCCAGUUUGGUUGUGGGUUUGUUCGAAACGAACUAUCUGGUAACUUUGUGUGGCUGUUUAAUGCAUUCUUGCAUGCAAUGGGUGGAAUUGCGCCAAAGAACAUAAUAACAGAUCAAGAUUUUGCAAUGAGGAGUGCUAUUGAUGAGGUGUUCAUCGGGAUAGUACACAGGAAUUGCCGUUGGCAUAUAAUGAAAAAAGCACAGGAGAAGCUUGGGAAGCUGAUGGCUGACGAUGAGCCACUAAACAAUGCAUUCAAGGAUUGUGUUGACAACAGCCUGGCUGUUGAGGAGUUUGAGCACAAGUGGCGGGUGAUGAUGGAAGCGUAUGGCCAGACUGACAAUGAGCAUUUCCAAUGGCUGUGGGAGAACAUGAAGUGUUGGGUCCCGGAUAAGGUGAUGGCUAGCGUGUCAAAAGAGCAGUUGGAAACAGUGUACAAAGAAACCGAGAUGUACUCGAUGAACCCGCUGGAGAUGCAGGUGCGGGGGCUGUACACACAUAACCUGUUUUGCAAGUUCCAGGUGGAGAUGAAGGUGAAAUCAGCCUACAAAUGCGACGCAUUGGAUGAUGGUACUUUCAAGAUUGGGGUAUACGAGAUACCUGAAAAGUACAUCCUAAAGAGGUGGACCUGGGAUCCAGAGGAGGAUCUUAUUCAACCUGAUUUCGAACAGCCAACAGUUAAGAAGUCGAUGCCAGAGGAGGGGAAAAGCGUCAUGCGAUACACGUCAAUUCUUAAAGAAUUUAAGGCAUCAGCCAAAGACGCUUGCCUAACAGAUGACGGGACCAGAUUGGCAAGAAAACACCUGUAUAAUUUCAAGGAGGAGCUUGAAACCCUGAAGAACAAUCAACUUAGAAAGGCAAGAAAGGAAAAGGAAGAAGCAAAAGGAUCGUUUCAAAGCAGCCGGAUCCCUGCUCAGUACCUGUGGGGCGGGUGA